GCACAACGCAGACCUCGUGUUCGUGCCCAUCAUCUUGACAAAGGUUACAUCGAGGCUGCACCGGCGUUUCCCGACAACCAGGCAUUAUUAUUUCCCUACUCUAUCCAUCUUCCUCCUUCGACAGAGUACCUUGUUCUUAUCUUCCUAUUGUUACCCAUUACCAAGUCCAGUUUGAACAGCAUGCAAUACUCCAAGGCGAACACAGAUGAUGAUUUUGAAUCUCGGGAAAGUCUGCUCUCGGAUGAGGGAUCUCCCCUUUAUCAACUAGAGAAGAACGCGAAGAAAUGGCGUCGUGUACUCUUAAUCUCACUUUACCUGCUCGGGACUGCUUUGGCUUGCUUGGCUGCCGGCCUAGCAGGAUACUACUGGCAUCGCGACUUGGACGGCAUUUGUACUAGUCAUACCUCCGAAUCUUCUCCUCUGGUGAAUAAAGUCAGCUACCACGAGCAACGCUUCAACGGAUCCUUCCUCAAGGAGAAUGCUUUCCGACAGGAUGCCGGUCCAGAGACCGACGCUGCAUGGGCAUCCAUCGGGGCUGACUUUCGGGCGGUCCGCAUCUCUCCUGAGGAGGCUCGCGACAUAGGCAUGCCCAAGGACUUCGUCAAGAUCAGCGAAAAGCAUGGUGGCGGAUAUCCUGUCCACGUCGAAGGCUUUCAUCACCUUCACUGCUUGAACCUUCUUCGCCAAACGAACUAUUACAACUACGAACAUUACCGAGACCUGGGCCAAGGCGCAUUCAAGAACGACGAGUUUAUCGUCAAGCGCCAUGUCAGCGUAGCGCACUGCCUCGAUAUCAUACGCCAGCAGCUCAUGUGCACCACCGACAUUGGCGUUUUCGGUCAAUUCUGGAUAUACCCCCACCAUCCCGAGCCAUUCGUCGACUUCAACACCCAGCACAAGUGUCGCAAUUUCGAGCAACUCCGACAAUGGACAGAGAAGAAUCAACUGCCGGAAAAAGUCCCAUCGGAUUUCCUGGAGCCUCCCAAGGUGGGGGAUCGCAUCUACCCCGAGGUUCCGUGA